CGCUUUUUGUUUGUGGGCAGCCACGCAUGCGCAGUAGUUUCCCCUGCCUUCAGCUCAUAGCUAACAUAGCUAGCUAGCAAAUGACUUCAAGGAACGACUGUAAAACAAGAGUUUGAUCAGGAAUUUGACUUAAAUCUUCAAAAUACAGCACGAUGAGUUCUGCCCCUCCAAUCUCAUCUCUACGCCUCUUGGUUCCACCCUUGCGCCUGAUGUCCGCUUUCAUGUGGCAGAUUGCCCAACGUCAGAAAGUGGAACACUAUGGAAAGCUGGAAGAGUUUGUGUCUGUGGUCACAAAGCUGGUUCCUGAGGUGUUGACCAGCAGACAGAAGGCUACACUGAUAAUGGGGCUGAGAGCAAAAAUGAUUCUGGAAAUGUGUCGAGAUGAAAUGCCUGCAGACCUUCAGACAGUGAAGUCGCACAUACACAGGAUCCAGGCCUCUCAUUCGUCAAAGGGCAGUGAUUCGGAAGUGGAGAGCUUGCAGGCAAACCUUCUCAAGCUUGUGCUCUGUCUGCUCGAAGACUCUGCCAAAAAGGAGCACUUCUUUCAGGAAGUGUUCCCAGUUGAGUAUGGUCCUGAGUUUGACAAAGCACUACAGGUCCUGGUUGGUCAUUUUCUCUCCAGACUGGAACAGCUGCUGCCUGUGCCAAAUUUUAAACAGACAUCUUCUAUGCUCAGUGCCUGCCAGUGGGAAUUGAAUGAGUGUGUGGAGUCUGUUUGUAGAACAGAUAAUUUGCUACCCUUGAUGCGAAGCAACAUUUGUGGAACUUUGGAGGAUAAUGCUCUCCCAUCGAUAGUGGAGGACAGAAUCAUCUCCUCGCUGUCUCACUCUCCCCUGAUGGACACAGUUAUAUCCAGCCAGGGUAACGAGCAGUCGGACGCACAGCCUCCCCUCAGCUCAGACAUCCCUGUCCAGACAUCUCAGGAUGUGGAGCAGGAACAGGAAGCGGAUGAUCCUGGUGACCACGAUGAAUUACUUGCUUCAGGUUUUGAAGAAACUGUAUCCACAGAACAACCCAACACUGCUCAGUCUUUAGCAGCCAAUGUGGAAUCAGCAGAGGAAGAUACAGAGAGUCAGCACUUUGAAAUAGAGAUCACGGAGGCUAUUAAGAAUUUGGAAAAAGAGACCGAAAUGCCAACUCAAGUGAAUGCUCCGAUACCAUGUACCGAAAUGUCAGAAGUUAACCAAGAGCUGGAGAAUGCAGAAGAAUUGGAGAUUGUAACUUCUGAACCUUCUCUGGCUUCAGAAGAAAUUACAACUUCUCAGUCUAAAGUCCAGAUCACCAGAGUCCCACUUACAAAAAUCACCCUGCCUCUGGAGCUUUCACGUUCAUCCAAGGAUGCUCACAACAAUGAAGACCCUGAAUCAUCUGAUUCUGCCCAGGACCCCAGCAGUCCUUCUGCUUCUGUCUCUUCUGGAAAUACACCUUUCAAAAGUUCUCUACUCUUUAGCAGGAGACUUCACAAGUGUCCUCGGUGCAGCAAGCGUUUUGCUUUCCGCUCUGAGCUUCUUAAACACCAGCAGACACACACCGGCAGCACAGAAUCCCCAAAGUGCUGUGAAUGUGGCCAGAUAUUUAAAGAUGCAAAGCAGCUGGCUCUCCACCGACAGAAGAACUGCAAGGCGAGGACAUACAAGUGCAUCAAGUGUGGAGCAGGCUUUAAGUCUCUGUCUAGCUGGUACACCCACCAGCGGGUUCACAAAGCGGUGUGCAUGCACAAAUGCCCUGAAUGUGGGAAAGUGUUCCGCAGUCUAACAGGGCUGGUAUCUCACAGGCGAGAGCAUGCGGCCUCUAUGGUAAAUGGAGGUUAUACCUGUGACAAAUGUGAUUUGACUUUUGGGUCGUACCGGGCCAGAGUGAUGCACCAAAAGAAGCAUGAGGUCAAAGCUCAGGCUCCUCCACGAAAAGAGCGGGAGCCGGGCAAGUGCCGCUUUUGCGAGGAGACCUUUAUCAUGGUCAGCGACUUGAGGGUCCACUUGAAAACCCACCCUGAGUACAGGCCACAUCAGUGCGACCAGUGCGGGAAGUGCUUUGCGUUGCGCAGCAGUCUGUUAGCCCAUCUUUCCAAUCAUACUGGAGAAAAGCCGCUGCUUUGUACCCAGUGUGGAAAGCGCUUUUUUAAUAAAAUCCAGCUCAAAUCGCACAUGAGGUGCCAUUCAGGCGAAAGGCCACACAUGUGCCCUCACUGUGGAAAGUGCUUCUCGCUGCUAGGCAACUUGAACAUCCAUGUGAGAAUACAUACGGGAGAAAAGCCCUAUGUGUGCCACCAGUGUGGAAAAGGCUUCAUAUCGGCAGGAGACUUGCAGGUGCACCAGCGCAGCCACACAGGCGAGAAGCCCUACUUCUGCAACGUCUGUGAGAAGAGGUUUGUAGUGUCCAGUCACCUGACUGCGCACAAGCGUGUCCACACGGGCGAGCGGCCCUUUUGCUGCACCCAGUGCGGGAAGACCUUCGUCAGGAGAUAUGACUGGAACAAACACAUGUACACACACUCAGGGAUCAAACCGUACCCCUGCAACAUCUGCCAAAAGAGUUACACGCGUCGCACGCAUUUAAACAGGCACAUGCAAAGCCACGCUGCCCAUCUGCAAUGAUUCAGUGUCCGUCUGAUGGACUGCUAUUUAUGCAAGUCGCACUAGAAGCUGUUCUAAUAAGCAGAAGAAGUGUUUACUUGAAGGAAGGACAUUCCAGUGAAAGGUUUCAGAAGCACAUUUGCCCCUAUGUUGUGUUGACCAAAUGCUAAUGCAGAUAUGUAUAAUAAACCAAUAAAUGCUGGCUGUAUAGUUUGUCAAA